CCUCGCCCCGCCCCGCCCGCUCGGCUCCGCGCGGCGACUACCGCGGCGCUUCCGCCUGGCCGGCCACGGCCCGGUGUGAACGGCGCCGCGAUGUGGCUGGGCCCGGAGGAGGUGCUGGUAGCCAACGCGCUGUGGGUGACGGAGCGGGCCAACCCCUUCUUCGUGCUGCAGCGGCGCCGGGGCCACGGCAAGGGCGGCGGCCUUACGGGUCUUCUCGUGGGCACCCUGGAUGUGGUGCUGGACUCCAGUGCCCGGGUGGCCCCUUACCGCAUCCUGCACCAGACCCAGGACUCGCAGGUCUACUGGACAGUGGCGUGCGGUUCUUCCCGCAAAGAGAUCACAAAACACUGGGAAUGGCUGGAAAAUAACUUACUCCAGACACUGUCCAUCUUUGACACUGAGGAAGACAUCACCACCUUCGUCAAGGGCAAGAUACACGGCAUCAUCGCAGAAGAGAACAAGAACCUGCAGCCCCAGGGAGAUGAGGACCCUGGGAAAUUCAAGGAGGCCGAGCUGAAAAUGCGGAAGCAGUUUGGGAUGCCCGAGGGAGAGAAGCUGGUCAACUACUACUCCUGCAGCUACUGGAAGGGCCGCGUGCCCCGGCAGGGCUGGCUCUACCUGACCGUCAACCACCUGUGCUUCUACUCCUUCCUGCUGGGCAAGGAGGUGAGCCUGGUGGUGCAGUGGGUGGACGUCACACGGCUGGAGAAGAAUGCCACGCUGCUCUUCCCUGAGAGCAUCCGUGUGGACACCCGGGACCAGGAGCUCUUCUUCUCCAUGUUCCUCAACAUCAGCGAGACCUUCAAGCUCAUGGAGCAGCUGGCCAACCUUGCCAUGCGGCAGCUACUGGACAGCGAGGGCUUCCUGGAAGACAAAGCACUGCCCAGGCCCCCCCGGCCGCACAGCAACAUCUCGGCUCUGAAGCGAGACCUGGACGCUCGAGCCAAGAACGAGUGCUACUGUGCCACGUUCCGGCUGCCCGGGGACGAGCGCCUGGACGGCCACACAGGCUGCACCCUGUGGACCCCAUUCAACAAGCUGCACAUCCCUGGCCAGAUGUUUAUCUCCAGCAACUACAUCUGCUUUGCCAGCAAGGAAGAGGAUGCUUGCCACCUCAUCAUACCCCUGCGGGAGGUGACCAUUGUGGAAAAAGCUGAUAGCUCCAGUGUCCUGCCCAGCCCUCUGUCCAUUAGCACUAAGAGCAAAAUGACCUUCCUGUUUGCCAACCUGAAAGACCGCGAUUUCUUGGUUCAGAGGAUCUCUGACUUCCUCCAGAAAAUGCCAUCCAAGCCGCCAGGCAACAGCAGAGCGGGGAGGAAAGCCAGCAUUGUGGACUCAGCCCCAGAGUCUUCCCCAGCUCCUCAGGAGGUGUCAGAACAGCCUGCCAGCCCGACCUCACCCCUCGGUGGCCUCCAGGGGUCCCAUGCACAGGAGGCUCCAACCGCUUCCCAGGGCCUGCUCAAACUCUUCCAGAGAAACACGCCCAUGGAGGACCUGGGAGCCAAGGGGGCCAAGGAGAAGAUGAAAGAGGAGUCGUGGCACAUCCACUUUUUUGAGUACGGGCGCGGCAUGUGCAUGUACCGCACCGCCAGGACGCGGGAGCUGGUGCUGAAGGGCAUCCCCGAGAGCCUCCGGGGGGAGCUGUGGCUCCUCUUCUCUGGGGCCUGGAAUGAGAUGGUGACUCACCCUGGCUACUAUGCUGAGCUGGUGGAGAAGUCCACAGGGAAGUACAGCCUGGCCACGGAGGAGAUCGAGCGAGACCUCCACCGCUCCAUGCCCGAGCACCCUGCCUUCCAGAAUGAGCUCGGGAUCGCUGCACUCCGCCGGGUGCUGACUGCCUACGCUUUCCGAAACCCCACCAUUGGCUACUGCCAGGCCAUGAACAUCGUCACCUCAGUGCUCCUGCUCUAUGGCAGCGAGGAGGAGGCAUUCUGGCUGCUGGUGGCCCUCUGUGAACGCAUGCUGCCCGACUACUACAACACCAGGGUGGUUGGGGCCCUGGUGGACCAAGGCAUCUUCGAAGAGCUCACGAGAGACUUCCUGCCCCAGCUCUCCGAGAAGAUGCAGGACCUGGGGGUGAUUCCCAGCAUCUCGCUCUCCUGGUUCCUGACCCUCUUUCUCAGCGUCAUGCCCUUUGAGAGCGCUGCGGUCAUUGUUGACUGCUUCUUCUACGAGGGCAUCAAGGUGAUCCUGCAGGUGGCCUUGGCCAUCCUGGAUGCCAACAUGGAGCAGCUACUGGGCUGCAGCGACGAGGGCGAGGCCAUGACCGUCCUGGGCAGAUACCUGGAUAAUGUGGUCAAUAAGCAGAGUGUCUCUCCUCCUAUCCCACACCUCCAUGCCCUGCUGACGAGUGGAGAUGACCCUCCUGAAGAGGUGGACAUCUUCGACCUCCUGAAAGUGUCAUAUGAGAAAUUCAGCAGCCUGAGGGCCGAGGACAUUGAACAGAUGCGGUUUAAACAGAGGCUGAAAGUGAUCCAGUCCUUGGAGGAUACGGCCAAGAGGAGUGUGGUUCGAGCUAUACCUGGGGACAUUGGUUUCUCAAUUGAAGAGCUGGAGGACCUUUACAUGGUGUUUAAGGCCAAGCAGCUGGCGAGUCAGUACUGGGGGAGCAGCCGCCCUGCAGCUGUGCGUCGGGACCCCAGCCUGCCCUACCUGGAGCAGUACCGCAUCGACACGAACCAGUUCCAGGAACUCUUUGCCAGCCUGACACCCUGGGCCUGUGGCUCCCACACAUCCGUGCUGGCGGGGCGCAUGUUUCGGCUCCUGGAUGAAAAUAAGGACUCGCUGAUCAACUUCAAGGAGUUCGUGACAGGGAUAAGUAGGAUGUACCAUGGGGACCUGACAGAGAAGCUCAAGGUGCUCUACAAGCUGCACUUGCCUCCAGCCCUGAGCCCAGAGGAGGCUGAGUCAGCCCUGGAAGCGACCCAUUAUUUCACUGAGAACAGCUCCUCAGAAGCAUCUCCUCUGGCCUCCGACCUGGACCUUUUCCUGCCCUGGGAGGCUCAAGAAGCACUACAGCAGGAAGAGCAAGAGGGAGCUGGAAAUGGCAUCCAAGAAAAAAGAAGAGAGGAGAAGGGAACCAGCCCUCCUGACUAUCGGCACUACCUUCGAAUGUGGGCCAAGGAGAAAGAGGUUCAGAAGGAGACGAUUAAGGAUCUUCCCAAGAUGAACCAGGAGCAGUUCAUAGAGCUGUGCAAGACGCUUUACAACAUGUUCAGCGAAGACCCCAUGGAGCAGGACUUGUACCACGCUAUCGCCACGGUGGCCAGCCUGCUGCUCCGCAUUGGGGAAGUGGGGAGGAGGUUCUCUGCAUGGUCGGGCAGAGGAGAGUCCAGGGACAGUGCCCCUGAGGAGGGCGAGCCGCCAGCCCCACACACCCCUCAAGACGUGGCCCAGGAGCUUCAGCCGCCAGCUGCAGGGGACCCCCAGGCCAAAGCGGGUGGAGACACCCACCUUGGGAAAGCACCGCAGGAGAGCCAGGUGGUGGGCGAAGGGGGCGGCGGCGAGGGGCGGGGCUCCCCCCCCCAGCCUCUGUCUGACGAUGAAACCAAAGAUGACAUGUCCAUGUCCUCGUACUCAGUGGUCAGCACGGGCUCCCUGCAGUGUGAGGACCUGGCUGAUGACACAGUGCUGGUGGGUGGGGAGGCCCACAGCCCCGUGGCCACCACUCACAGUGGGGGUGCCGUUGAUACAGACUGGUGCAUCUCCUUCGAGCAGAUCCUGGCCUCCAUCCUGACGGAGUCCGUGCUGGUGAACUUCUUUGAGAAGAGGGUAGACAUUGGACUCAAGAUCAAGGACCAGAGGAAGGUGGAGAGACAGUUUAGCACCUCCAGUGACCAUGAGCAGUCUGCAGUUUUGGGCUGAGGGCUCCAAGGCCUGGGGGCUGGCCUCUCUCUCCUCCCUCCCUCCCGUUCUGUUUUCUCUUGAAGGACACACCCCUCCAGUUCUCCCCAGAAGCAGUGAGUUGUAAAUGGAAAGAAGGCUGAACAGUCGCAGUUGGGACCUAGGCAGGGACUCCCCACCCCCUCGUUCUGCCUUGGACCUCCUGGCCCCUGCAUAGUGUCAGGGGCUCUCUGAUCUGCCCUUGCUUGCCCUGCACUGUGGCCAGGCCACACCCUGUCCUCCACCUCCUCUUCUGCAGCUGCGUGCUCCGGGGGCUUUCCUGCCACUUGGCGCCAGGUAGGGGGGUCGAGUGCCUAUUGGGCACCAAAGUGGUGAGAACUUCGAGAUGCUCUCCAGAAGCCCCUGAGCCUGAGCUUCUGGCUGGGGGACAUGGGCAGAAAGCAUCUGCUGCACCAGGGUGGGUGCCGCCUGCACAGGCGUUACUCUCAAUUCUCUUUCAGCUCGUCAUCCUCACCAUUAACCUUAAAAGCAUAUCCCUCAGGUCCUGAUAUAUUUCCUUGUAUUCAUUUCAGUUGGCUAAAAAUCACAUUAUGCUCAAUGCCUUAAUAAAUCCCUGAAAGAACUAAAAACUA